UUGUUAGUCCCCCUGCGUCUUAUCUCAGUCAGGUUGAUAGGGAGAAAGAUAGAGGUACCUAGAACUGGCAUGGUGUUAUAAACAACGACAGUUUUGCGCAGUGUGUCUAAUUUGUUGUGCGAUUUACCUUUUUGUACUUUUUUAUAUUUUAAGGCAGUCUUAUUAUUUUAUGGACCGAGUCGUGUAUCCCUGGCAACGCAACUAACUGCUUCGAAGUUUGGAUCGAGUUUUACCUUUAGUUUUAGUCGGAAAAUUAAACGACUACUUACGUUAGAAACUAAAAGUAAGGACUCUGUGGUGCAGAGGAGUACGCGUGACAGUAGUCAGUGCUGUUCGUAUUUGCUCUUUUAAAUUUUAAACCAUAUUUUUGGGGAAAGGCGACAGCGCGAGACAAUAGUGGUGUGACUCGCGCGGAGGGGGGGAUCUAUGCCUCGCGGGGCUUUGUUCUGUCCUGUGUAGCGAAGUCCCGCAAGAUCGUACGGAUAUUGACUUUUUUAGCGGUGGAUUAGCUGGUGAUUGAUAAGGCCUUGUAAAAGCCGUUGAGCAACGAUGGAUGUAACUCUGUCGGAGUUGCUGGCUUCUUUCAUGGAGUUACCGCUGGUGAUGUGGGUGCGGACAUUAGGCCCUUUGAGUUCAUGUGGUGGUAUGGGUUCAGAAGACCAUGUCAGCAUGUUUAUGGAGCUGGUGGAUGGUGUCUUCUUGCACAAGAUCAUGACACACAUUGACCCCAGCCCCACCAAUCAGAGUCUAUACACAAAUGUGAACAAUGAUGUGUCACUCCGCCUUCACAACCUGACGGUUCUCAUCAGACACAUCAGGACAUACUACCAGGAAAUCUUGAAGCAGUUAAUAGUGAUGCCCCUUCCCAACAUUCUUUGCAUUGCCAAAGAUCCAAUAUCAGCUAGAAGCAUGGAAGAACUAAAGAGACUUUUGUUGCUGAUUCUAGGCUGUGCUGUUCAGUCUGAUCGUAAGGAGGAGAUGAUAGAGAAGAUCAAGCUGCUAGACAUUGAGACCCAGGCUGCCAUCGUUUCCUACAUACAGGAGGUAACUCAUAACCAGAUGAAUGUUUUGGAUUUGAACUGGCUAGAGGAAGAUGCAGAACUUCCACGUGAAGUGCUAGAACCUCUCUCUCGUAAUAUGGCUCUAUUACUGCAGCAACUGAUUGACCAGAGAGAUAAAGCCACUCAGGUAAUUGUGGAUCUGACCCAGGAGAGAGACUACCUGUCCAGUCAGCAGCCCCAGGAAAAUUGCAGGAACCUCAGCAUGAGCAGCCAGGAAUAUUGGCAAACGUCUGAGGAUUCGGGAAUGAAUAAUGGCGGAUCAGCUUUGAAUGUGUUGGGCCUGAGCAAAGAAGAAAAACAACAUUUGUCUGUGGAGCUUGCUGAUACAAAGGCUAAGCUUCUCAGAUAUAGACAAGAAUUGGAGGACAAGACCGAGCAGCUGAUGGAUUCAAAACAUGAAGUGGAGCGUCUGGAUCAGGAGCUACAGAGACUGAAACAAGAGAACCAGGCUCUGUCUUGUGAGGCUCGUUCAGUCCGAGUGUACCGGGAUGAAGUGGACUCAUUAAGGGAAAGGGCUGCCAGGGUUGACCGACUGGAAACUGAACUGACCAGAUGUAAAGAGAAACUGAACGAUGUUCACUUCUACAAGACCAGAGUGGAGGAGCUUCGUGAGGACAACCUGACUCUGUUGGAAACAAAGGUGCUGUUGGAAGAGCAGCUGGCAGCCUCCAGGACACGCUGUAACAAACUCCACAUACUGGAGAAAGACAACCUGUUACUACAAGCUAAAAUACAGGACCUGGAAAUGGAGAGAGACAGUGAACGUCAGAGGCUAGAGGAGCUGGUGGAGGAGAACAUGCUGUUGGAGAUUGGACAAAAACAGAGUAUGAACGAGUCAGCUCACCUCGGUUGGGAGUUGGAGCAGCUGUCAAAGAACACAGAUCACAAUGAGUCUCAUAAGUCAUUGGUCCAUGAGCUCAACGAGUGUGUUUCCAGUCGUGUCUUAAAGCUGGAGAAACAGAACCAGGAUCUGCAGGCCUUUAUAGAAAGACUGAAAGAGGAGAAUUUUCUUCUACAGGAGAAACAGAUUCACAUCCAGGACCUAGACAAAGAGAAUGAAAGUCUCACCAAGAAGGUGGCGCGUCUUCAGGGCUUAUUAGACCAGGAGAGGCUUACAAAUCUGGAUAUGGAAUCUCUUGGAGAGAAACUAAUGAAAGACAAACAGAGUCUGGAGAGAGAAAUGCACAUUCUAAGGACAGAGAAGGAGCAACAGAUUUCAGAGUUGGAAAGGGAGAAGCACCAUCUGUCUGAUGCAGUGGGGUCUCUUCAGGAAAGGGCUCAGUCUAACAAUGAAGCGAGGGUCUGUGAUGUUGAAGCAGAGAAUUGUUUACUGCAUCAGAAUAUCACUGACACUAGCUCACGAUUGGCUAGCUUGGAAACUCAACAUAAACAAGCCAAUGAAGAGAUGGCAAAGCUAAGAGAGAAGGCUGGGCGAUGUGAGGAGUUGGAGAGAGAAAUGGCAAGGCUAGAGCGGACCAGAGAUACUCUUAACAAAGAAGUAGCAUCUUUGCGUAUGUACAUAGAGCGAUCAGAAGCUCUAGAUAAGGAAGUGUCUUCCCUGAAUCAGGAGGUAUAUAAGCUAAAGCGGGAGGCAGAGGUGGCCCAGCAUGAGCUGCAGCGACUGGGAAGGCAUGAGGUAGAGAACAACCUACUGACAAAAGAAAACCUGGACCUUCGCUGUGCUCUGGAAAACCUGCGCUCUGUAUCUAUCUGUCUUGCUAACCUACAGGAGGAGCAUAAAGGGGCUCAACUUCAAACACAAAAGCUGCAGAAGAGGCUGGAAGAGGUCUUAGAGGAAGCACACACAGAGAGGAAAAGGGUAGAAAGACUAGAGUUGAACGUGGCAUCUGUGAACCAGGAGAAGCAUCGCCUAGAAAAGCAAAUAGAGAGUGGCAAAGAAAAGAAGGAAGAAAUGGAGAGAGAAAUGAGGGAGAUAAACCGUAAAGAGGAGGAGCUGCGGAGAGAAGUGGUAGAACUGAAAGGGGAGCAAAGGAAGAGGGAGGAAGGAGAAAAGGAAAGGAGGAAGCUCCAGAUGGACUUGGAUCAGUCAGAGAAGGGCAGGAAACACAUGGAGAAGGAGAGCUGGAAAAUCAGAAGGCUGUUGGAGGAGAAAGAGACAGAACUGGAGGAGAAAACCAAACAACUUUCUAUUGUUUUGAAGGAAGGAAUAGCUCUAAAUAAAGAAGUGGACAGACUGAAAGAAGUGACGGUCAAAGCCAAAGAGGUAGGGAGGGAGAACAAGGAGCUACAAAGACAAUUAACUAUUGACAGGAAGACUUUGGCUGCUCUGAGGGAGGAACUAGUGAUAGAGAAGCUGAGCGUUCAACAGCAGAGUGUUGAGUUGGAGAACCUAAAUAAGGAACUGGAGAAGGUUGGACUAAACAGAGAGAAACUACUGCAGGAAGAGCACACACUGGAAGACAGCAAAUAUAGGCAGCUGGAGUCUCGACUGGAGGAAACUGUCCAUCAGACGACGAAGAUUAAUCAGGAGAAAAUUUCCACUCUUCAAAACAAACUUGAGGAAAGCAACAAACUCAACAAUAUGUUACGCACUGAGUUAGCCACUGCUCAUCAGACUCUGAAUGUGCUGCAUCAGGAGAAAGAACAAAAUUACGACUCCCAACUUUUAGAUGGACAACAAAGUCAAGCAACAGCCACUGUUGAGCUGCUAAGGCUUAAAGAUUAUCUUAUUGGCGUAGAAAAGAGUAAUGCAUCACUGCAGACAGAGAGUAGUCUACUGAAAGAGCAACUCAGACAGCUAGAAAACCAAAACACUUCUGUUAACAACCAGAUUGUGGUGCUGCAGCGAACCACCUCUACCCUUCAGGAACAGAAUUCAGCCUUACACACACAGGCAGCAAAGCUACAGGUAGAGAACUCUACCCUGUCUUGUCAGAAUGCGUCUCUCAUGGCCCAGAAUGCUGUACUCCAGGGCCAAGUCACUGCCUUGGAGACAGAGAUUGAGUCAUGGCAGCGGCAGCGUGAGGAGGCAUGGCAAGGUCGAGAAAAUGUGCUCAGUGACCACGAGCGUUUGCUGAGCGUCCAUGAGCGACAAGCACAUGAGUAUGAGCAGUUGAUGAGUCAGCAUGCUGGACUCAAAAGUAAACACAGGGCCCUGGAGAGUGAAAACAGGGCGAUGCACAGCAAGUACUGUGUUUUGCUGCACCAAAAAGAGAAAUGGGAGGAGCAAGAGGGACAAAGUCAAAAAGAGAAGGAGGACCUACAUGAAGAAGUACAGAAAAAUAGACUACUACAGCAAGAGAACCUACAGCUAAAAUCUGAGCUGGAUAGACUGACAGGGAGAUUAUCACAGCAGACAGAGCAGUGUGAGGAGCUCAAGCUGCGUAUAAAUGAGCUCAAGAGCUCAUUAGGUUCUGCUCAGCUUGAACUCAGUCGAUCAAUGGUGCGACAUGAUUUACUAAUGGAGCAACAUCAAAGCCUGGAUCUAACAAUGACCAAACUAGACAACCAUUGUGAGCUGUUGAGUCGACUAAAAGGAAACCUGGAGGAGGAGAAUCACCACCUACUUAGUCAAAUUAAUCUUCUGAGUCAGCAGAACCACAUAUUGCUGGAAAGGAGCAUGGAGAGUAAAGAGCUGUAUCACCAGGAACAAAAGCUGUACAUAGAUAAACUGAAUUCUCUUCGUCGUCAAAAGGAAAAACUAGAAGAGAAGAUCAUGGACCAGUACAAGUUCUAUGACCCCACACCUAAAAAGAGAGGUCAGUGGUCUGGAGCCAAAGCUUUAGCCAAACUGAUGAAACCCCGAAAGGAGACCAGCAGGGAGAGAGGUGGUGUCAAGGAAGGAAGCAAAGAGAGAGAACGAGCAAAAAGUGCCCCAGACAUCCCCUUGCCUGCUCCUCCUUCAUUCAUACCCUCUGAUAUCCAAGCCUCUCAUACCCAGGGAACAGGUUACUCACAAGACUGUAGACACAUGCACAGUAAUCCUGACAACCACAUUACCAGCCCCAUCAUCAAAUCGCAAAGUUCAGCAGUGACACCCAUCAGCCGAGAUGUGACGGACAGAAACCUAGAAUUUUAUCGCAGCAGUACUCCUGGAAGCAGCGGUGAGAGUGCCAGUGGCGAUGAUGAACAUGGUCAAAUUCCAGAUCAAGCCUUUAAAGCUGUGAACUCUACAUCAAGCUGCAGACUGGGAAAAGGCUCCAGUCACAGGCUCAGAGUAUCUCAACAAAACACAUCUGACUCCACAUUUGGUCAACCUUGCAUCCCGGUAUUAGAAUGCAGCUACAACACUUCCAGCUCCAACUCACCUGUCAACUAUAAAGAUCAUCAGGGUCACCCAGCUAGCCUUUCUACUAAUGAUGUCAUGGGUCUCAGCCAGUCAGAGCAGAGUCAGCCAUGUAGCUCCACCCUCCUGUACGACCACACACCUCAGAGGGCCCAACCACAGUGUGGAGCUAGUGUUAUGACCAAGACCCGCCCAUCUUCACCAGGAAGUGAAAUGGUGACGCUGGAGGAGUUUCUGCAAGAGAGCAACUUGCAGUCACCUCCAGUGGGAUCCACAGGAAGCAGAGAGGACAUUAUGACAGACUACUUCACCAAAUGUCCCACCCCCUCUGCACCUUUACAUAUUACUCCUACCAGUUAUGUCACACCAACAGUACUGUCAUUCAACCAGAGGCCAGGUCAGAGCGUGAAACCAUCCCUUCGCCAGCCUGUCAGUCAGCUCCCAACCUCAGGCCAGCUCGUCACCAAGAGAACCAGCCAAUCACUGAACAGAGCUUUUAGCCUGGCUUCAGCUGAUUUGUUGCGAUCUAAUGGUCCAAACUGUUUCCGUGCAAAUGAUGGAUCUUCUGCCGUGUCAGAUGUGAUUCAAUUGAAAGGAGCAGAACGUCCGCGGUCUGCUCACUUGUGUGGUUCAAUCAGUCAUGAAGAUGACAGCUUUCUAACUGCACCGAUUCAUCAUUCAUCCUCUCUCAGUCUGCGAACAGAGAGAUACUCAGAGCAAGAGAGAGAAAAUGGGAGGGCAGUGGCCUCUCAGAAUGUCCCUUCUGCCUCCUCUUUCUAUCAUCAUCAUGGAGAAGUCGCUUUGGUGACUCCUGUGAGGGCUGUAGCCACCACAUGGGCUGAUGAAGUUCCUCAACAUGGAGAGGUGUCAAAAGUGGAACAAUUAAGUGACUCCGCUCACUCAAAGAGAGAAAGCAUGCAAGCAAGGUGUGGUUCCAUUGAGUGUCCAAAAAGUACACCAGCUUCUCCUGACUCUAACAAUGAUCCUCAGACCGUGUGGUAUGAGUAUGGCUGUGUUUAAAACUGCAAUUACAAAAUAUAUAUUAGUUAGAUAAAUAAUAAAAUGAAUAAAGCAGGAAGCUUUGAAAACCUAAUAAGUCUAUAGGGGAUUAGCUGCACAUGACUUAUGGAUCAUGACAAGCUGAACCUCACAGGCACAUGCAAUAUGCAUUUCAUCUUAGUCAUUUAAAAUAUACUUUUGUUUCCUAAACCUAAAAUGUAGUUUUUUCACUGGAUCUUUGAAAAAUGAAUUGUGGAUGUAUUGAUCAAAUGAUGAUGUCAGUUAUAAAGAGCAAACAACCAGAACACAGCAAUUUAUUAAUGGUCUGAAAUUCUUUACUGCUGAACAGAUUAAGAGAUGGUGAUGGUAAUGAGAUAUGUAUAUGAAUAAACAAAGUAACAGAUAAAAUAAUAAGUGGAAUAAUAGCAGGAAGGCUAAUAAAAACACAUACAAAACAAACUGGAACGGCUGGGAGGAAUAACUAGUAAUCUAAUUUUCAUUUAAUUUCUUUAAUUUAAUAAAAGGUGCAAAAUAUAAUAUUUGACCUUUACGUGUGUGUGUGUGUGUGUGUGUGUGUGUGUGUGUGUGUGUGUGUGUGUGUGUGUGUGUGUGUGUGUGUGUGUGUGUGUGUGUGUGUGUGUGUGUGUGAGACAUUGCGUUGUGUUUGCUUGGUUGCUUGCAAAUAUAACAAUGCAAUGUGGAUAUUAUAUCUUAAUUGUUUACCACAAAAGUUUGUUUGAAAAGUUGUGCAUAUACAGUCGAAUUAUUUGAUUUGUAUGUUAAUGUGGGUAUAUUUCUUUUGCAAUGUUAAUGACAAUAUGAAUAAUAUUGGUUCUUUUGAAAACCUUUGUCUGUAUAGAUGUAUGUAAAUACAUGACAAGAUGAUGAGAAGAACUUAUGAACUUAGGCUUAUGAAAUUAAAUAUUUGACUGGGCUCCAUUACCAACCUCUUCGCAACAAACUAAAGUAUUUGGUAUUUUUACAUGGCAUAAAAAUUUACAAAAAUACAACUAAUUACUAAUUGUCGAAAUUAUAUUAGUUGCUGAUGAUGUAGUAAUUUGAAUCACUGUAAGUUGAUGUGUGUGGUUAAUCUGUUUACCUGUUUUUAGGUUUGCUUGUGUUAUUACUUCCGAAGUCUUUGACAGUCACAAUCCUGCAUACAUGACACAUAGUUAUAUUAAUAAUAUUGUUUGUAGAUGUGGAUGUUUAGGUCUUUAUACCUGUUAAUUUUCUGUGAUCUGUUGCCUCUUCACUAUUUUACAUCAUUUACUAAAGCUGCAGCAUUACAAGAGUGAAAGUGAAAACAAAAGACUAGCUGGAACUGACUUCUUUAACUGGACGUAAUUGCUAAUGUGGUUCAAUUUAUAAAUGAAGCUACCUAUGGUGUUGUGCUGCCUACUGUUAGAAACCCUAUAGUUUAGUUUAUAGAGAGAGAUUUGUAUUAUUACACCAAAAGUUUUUUUCUUUUUUUUAUACAUAUUGAGUUUUGAAGUUGAUUUAUUUUUAUAGUGCCAAAACAAAAGUUAUCUCAAGGUCCUUUACAUUUACAGUGGUAGCAAUGAAAAGUGUCAGCCUAUUGGCAUCCACAUUUAACCAGGUAUCACAGAGUUUGCACCGUGUAAGAGCGUGUGCUACGCCCUUUUGGCCUGUAGAUGGCGAUUGGCUCCCACUAUUAGUCUUAACACUAGAACUACUGGGUUUUCUAAAUAUACCCAUUCCCACUAGAAGGUGGUCAAAUGAUCUGCUCGGCUAGCUGAGACCCUGAAUCAUCUGUGAACAGCUGCCUUUGUUAGGUAAAGAGGGCCAUCACUGACGCACUCUAGGUGGUGGGUUGCGUGGGCUUGCUGACCCUGCUCCUGUCUGCAAGGCUGCACAGUUCCUAUGAGUCUAAGAGUGACAUCCACUGUUACAAUGUUCAACCGCUAUGUGCUUGGAUUUACAACGUGAAAGGACGAGUGUCAUUGUUGCGGUCUCACCGAAGGAAGCAAUAAGAUAUCAUCAUCAAUAAUACAAUAAGACAGUUUUAGAUCCUUCUCAAAUGUGGCGAAGCUUUGUUUAUUUACAAAAAAAACUAGUUCAAAUAUUGUUUGCACUGUAACGUCAUCAAAAAUUACAGAAAAGAUGACAGUACACUCAUCAAGUUUUAACAAAUGUGCAAUAAAAAAUAUAAACAGAAAA